UCUGCCCUCCGCUCUCCGCCCGCAGCUCGGCCCGCGCCGCCCGUCUCGCCGGGCCCGCGCCGGGAUGGGGUAGGGCCAGCGCCGCGGCCGGGCCAUGGGCCGCCCUCUGGGCACCGAGCAGCCUCCCGAGGCCUGACUGGGCACCGCGAGGACCCGGAAAGGAGCCCCGCCUGGAUGCCAAGCGGAUGCUCCCGGGGCCCCCAGAGGACUUGGUGGGGACCAUGGCUUCGUUGAUGCCACUUUCCCCAUAUCUAAGCCCUACGGUCCUCCUGCUGGUCAGCUGUGACCUGGGCUUUGUGCGCGCAGACCGACCUCCUUCUCCUGUGAAUGUGACGGUCACUCACCUCAGAGCCAACUCGGCCACUGUGUCCUGGGACGUCCCAGAAGGCAACAUCGUCAUUGGCUACUCCAUUUCCCAGCAACGACAGAAUGGCCCUGGGCAGCGUGUGAUCAGGGAGGUGAACACUACCACCCGGGCCUGUGCCCUCUGGGGCCUGGCUGAAGACAGCGACUAUACCGUGCAGGUCAGGAGCAUUGGCCUCCGUGGAGAGAGCCCCCCAGGUCCCCGGGUACACUUCCGCACUCUCAAGGGUUCUGACCGGCUUCCCUCCAACAGCUCCAGCCCAGGUGACAUCACAGUGGAGGGUCUGGAUGGAGAGCGGCCACUCCAGACAGGAGAAGUGGUCAUCAUCGUGGUGGUGUUGCUCAUGUGGGCUGCUGUAAUUGGACUAUUCUGCCGUCAGUAUGACAUCAUCAAGGACAACGACUCCAACAACAACCCCAAGGGGAAGGGACCGGAACAGAGUCCUCAGGGAAGGCCAGUAGGGACAAGACAGAAAAAGUCACCAUCUAUCAACACCAUUGACGUUUGAGUGAAGAAAGGUCCAGAAGAGAGAUGCACUAACAAUUUGGCAGUGGGGGUGGGGUCAGGGAGAGACUAGAUUAGGAUCUUCUUGAGACUCCCAGAAGGCGACAGACUCCCACAGUCUCGGGCUGGCACCCAUUCUCAUUCCACUGUGAGCAGGGCCAGAAGGCAGGUCUGUUAAAAAUCUGUAACCCUGGACCUGGGAGUGGACAUCAAAUGGAACAUCUCCCAUCUUUCAGGUCCAGGAGUGUCACUUAUUCAACCCUAUAUCAUUGGGUCCUAAAUAGAGGCCCCAUUUCACCUGCAUCAGGACUCUUGGCACCCCCAGCUGCCCCCACAUCUUGCCUCUGGGCCUUAAAGAGAGGCAUUUCUGUGGGUACUCACCUGCCUCCAGUGAGUAAGAGGAAUUGUCUGGGCCUAGAGGCAGAUGCUGCACUGCACUACUCCAAUGUCUUCCACGGAGCCUCCGGUGCUCCCCCCUCACGUGGCAGCCCCUCCAGCUGCUGGUGAUAUCACCCCUGGGACAUUUUUCCAAUAAAGGUUCUUGAACAAA